AGAUCCAGCCCCAGGACAAUGUGCGCGCCCGGCGUUGGCAUCCCUGUGCCGGGUCGUGUGGUACUGAUGCUGCUGCUCCUGCUGGCCGCCCCCGGGCCGCGGCCGUCCCGGGCGUGCCGAGGGCUCCUUGGUUGCAGCUGCACGGAGGAGCGCUCCAAGACGCAUGGAGCCCAGCCCCAGGGGCGGAGGGUCAGCUGCGGAAAGGAGGAGCUGUCCGAACCCCCCGAUGUCAGCCUGCUGCCUAACAGAACCGUCACUUUAAUACUGAGCCACAACAAAAUCCGAGUCCUGAACAAUGGCUCCUUCUUCGGACUUAAUGCCCUGGAGAAGCUGGAUCUCAAGCACAACUUAAUCAGCACCAUCAUGCCUGGAGCCUUCCAAGGCCUGUCCGAGCUCCGGAAACUUGACCUAUCCAACAACCGCAUUGGCUGCCUGACUUCAAACAUGUUCCAAGGACUGACUAAUCUCACUAAAUUGAACUUAUCUGGAAACAUCAUAUCAACCUUGGAUGCCGGCGUGUUUCAGGAGCUCCCAUCCCUUAAACUUGUGAAUUUCAACUCUGAAUACCUGUCAUGUGACUGUGGGCUGCACUGGAUCCCAGGCUUCUUUCGCAGCAGCUCAGCCCGACUGGGAGAUGAAACCCUGUGUGCUUAUCCGAGAAGUCUGAAGGGAAAACCCCUACGAGGACUUCGGGAAAGCCAGUUGAGCUGUGACGGCCCUUUGGACCUGCACACCCUGACGCUGCUGCCCUCUCAGCGUCAGGUGGUCUUCAAAGGGGAUCGACUGCCGUUCCACUGUACUGCAGCCAUGGUGGACAAAGUCACCGCUUUGCACUGGCACCACAACGGUCACCUAGUGACUUCUGACCCAGAGAACGGUGUCCAGUUGGAGAACAAUGUAUUGCAUGACUGCACCUUUAUUACCAGUGAACUUAUUCUAUUCAACGUACAUGUGGAGGCCAGUGGAGAGUGGGAGUGUGUGGUUACAACCGGGAGGGGAAACACUUCCCGCUCUGUUGAAAUAGUAGUGCUAGAGAACAGUGCCUCCUUCUGUCCAGAGGAUAAAGUUGUUAACAACCGAGGCGAAUUCAGGUGGCCAAGAACUCUGGCAGGCAUCACCUCUCAUCAGUACUGCCUGGAGCUGCGUUACCCUUCUCUGUCUGUAGAAGGUGACAUGGAGCAGAAAAAGGCCUCUCGCUUAUGUGACCGCUUUGGAAAGUGGCAGGAGGGCAAUUACACAAACUGUCACUACACGAAUGGCAUCACCCGUGUCUUGCAUACAUUCAUCUUGAGUCCCAUCAAUACAUCAAAUGCUGUCAGUUUGGCCCACCAAGUCCGCAAAUAUACUCUGGAGGCGGCAGGCUUCACUGACUCAGUGGAUGUGCUCUACGUGGCCCAGAUGAUGGAGAAGUUCAUGGAAUAUGUCAAACAGCUGCAAGAGUUGCCAGAGGUGUUGGUAGAGAUGGGCAGUAACCUGAUGCAGGUGGAUGACCAUAUCCUUACUCUGGCCCAGAGAGAGAAGCGAGCCUGUAGCUCCAUAGUGGGCUCUCUGGAGUCUCUGGCUUGGCCUCAGCUACACAGCCACGCUCAGUACUUCUCUAUGGUGUCAAGGAACAUUGUUAUGGAAGCCCACUUAAUUCGACCAGCCCACUUCAUUGGUAUAACCUGCACAGCAUAUGAGCGCCGUGACAUCCCAACAGCCACUGUAGGAAUGGAAGUGUCAGACUUCACACAUGAACAACAACUUCGUUUUCGUUGCAGCACAGGGUCCCAUAACACAUCUCUGAACAAUUUUCCCCUCAAGAAUUCAGUAGCUGUGGCCUCUGUGACCCUCCCUGCUACCUUGUUUCCUUCUGAUGCGCCUGCAGACUGUAAACUGCAGUUUGUGGCCUUCCGAACCGGAAGCUUUUUCCCUCUGACUGGGAAUUCGAGCAACGGUGCAGGGCACUCCCGAAGGCAUAACGUCAACACUCCGGUUAUCUUUGUGGGACUUGAUGGCUGUAGUAUGUGGAACCACUCGGAGCCUGUCUGGGUGUCACUCCGCCACUUAUCUCCAGGAAGUGAUGCUGUGGCGGCCCAGUGGAGUCCAAAGACACUGAACAAACAUGGGGGCUGGAGCUCCGAGGGAUGCCAGCUGGUCCACAGUGACAGCAGCACCUCCACAAUGCGCUGUUCUCUGCUUAGCAAUUAUGCUGUGUUGCAGGAGGUGCCAGACUUCCCCAGUUCUGCAUCCAUCUCCAUCAGGGUUCUCCACCCUGUGGUGUAUGCCUGUACUGCACUCCUCCUUCUUUGCCUUUUCACGAUCAUCAUCACUCACAUACUACACCACAGUUCCAUCCACAUUUCAAGAAAAAGCUGGCACACAUUACUGAAUACUUGCUUCCACAUCGCCAUGACAACAGCCAUCUAUGCAGGAGGCAUAAGCCUGACCAGUUACCCAAUUGUUUGUCAAGCAGUAGGCAUCGCCCUGCACUACGCUUCACUGUCAACCCUGCUGUGGAUUGGUGUUAGUGCCAGAGUCAUCUACAAAGAAGCUAUGUGGAGAAUGCCACUGGCACCAGAUGGAGAUUCUUCACUUCCGCCAACUCAACGGCCAAUGCUCAGGUUCUAUUUGAUAGCUGGUGGAGUUCCUCUCAUCAUUUGUGGGAUCACUGCAGCUGUCAAUGUCAGCAACUACGGAGACAACAGCCCUUACUGCUGGCUGGUGUGGCGCCCCAGCCUGGGGGCUUUCUUUGUCCCAGCCGGCCUAGCGGUGUUGGUGACCUGGAUCUACUUCCUGUGCACUGUGUUCUGCCUCAGACACCGUACUGCCAAAGAAUGUAUAGGAACCACACCGUCUUCCCCUGCCACCGAGAGCCAGCCUGCGCUAGCAGGAAGCAUCAGCCUCCUGUCCACAGACUCAGUUGUGGGUCCUUCAAAUUCCAACGUGGCUUUGGACGACCAGUACUCGCUAAAGACACAGUUUUUAAUUUUGGUGGCCACCCAUUUCCUGUUCGUGGUACUGUGGUGUUGUGGGGCGAUGGCAGUGUUCCUGACUGGGCACGUCAGCUUGUUGUUUAGUUCUCUUUAUGGAAUGGUGGCCAUAGCCCUGGGAGUGUUCCUAGUGGUGCACCACUGCUUCCGACGUGUGGAUGUGCAGACCUCGUGGUUGCCGUGCUGUCCGGUUCACAGCAACACUCUUCCGGUGUCUACCUAUACCUGCACAGCAGGAAGUGGCGCGCAAACCUCUGAGCAAGGAUCCCAACUUUUCAUGAAUUGCCAUCAACCCGGAGACUCGCACAACUCUUCAUCCACUCGAUCAUCAUCCACUCCGAGUGGCAUCAGUAGUGUCGGACCUGGGCCCUGCAAACUCACCAACUUACUGCAGGUGGCGCAAGACACUCAAAGCAAUACCUCGAGGGCUGUAGCUGGUAUCAACACGGGCACCAGCACUGACAAUGUCACAAAGCCAUCAAACUAUGUUUUCCCCAGCGUUAACUCUUCAGUCCCUGUGCAUCCUCAGAGAAGGAAAGUGAAUAGCAGGACUAAACAAGGCAAUAGCCAGUAUCACCAUAGGGGUGAUGGCAGAGGUCACUACCGUCUCAAAGCUUUAAGGACAGCAGGAGGUGGGGGCAGCCUGGGAGCUUUGGGUCCCACUGGUUUGGAGAACCUCAGCUCAUCACACAUGGUGCAUAAACAAGCCACCAGUGAGAAUGGGAGCAUCCAUCACAGUCUCCCAGAGAGCCACGCAGGCCCGCUGACAAACGGAAAGCAUGUCGGUAAGUCGGUGGCCACCAGCCCUUCAGACGGCAGCGAUGGGGGCAGUAGCGGCAGCCGAAAACCAUACCCUCUCCUCCCCUCUGUGGCCAGCAGAAUGGCCAUGAAUGGCACGCACAGACGAUGCAUCAGCAGAGACAAUUUGAAACUGGCGGCUGCUGCGGAGCGGGAGGCUAAGCGCUGCUCUUACCCUUUAAACAGUAUUACCACGACCGUGCCUGGAGCUGCGGCUCCAAAUGGCACCCUGAAGAACUCGCUUCUAGAGCUGGACCAUGACAUGAGUGGCACAGAUCAGUCCCAAAAUUCUGUGGGAGUGAAGAGCAGUUUGUGGAAGAGCGAAACCACUGUGUAA